AUAAGAAAAGACAUGUGUCGUGUUGUGUGUAAUCCAUUGACAAUAGUUUUGAUAUCUAUACAGAUUUACAAUUCCCUUGCAUUCAACCAAACAGAAACUUCUACAAGUGCAAAUAAGGAAGUACGUUACUGCCGAUUCAAGGAUAAACUGAUGCCUUACGACAAGUUUAAAAAUAGCACGAAAACCAUGUGUUUCUACUAUUUAUUUCGAAAGAAAGAGAAAGGGCAAUCUUGUACAGUGUUAUCAAUGCAAGAAUGUGAAAGAUGGAAGAAAUGUAGUUCCGAUGCUGUACAAUGCUGCGAUCGAAUGAUUAAUAUGUCUGCCAAUGAUGAUAAUUCAACAAAUUCCAGUACUCUCUACUGUCAUUCAAACUGGGAUGGAUAUGGCUGCUGGGACAAAUCUUUGGCGAAUAAAACAGCUGACAUCAAGUGUCCUGACUUUGCUUCGACACAUUAUUUGCCAGACAAUCUUCUGGUGACCAAAGACUGCAGUGUGAAUGGAACAUGGACGUUACAUCCGAUCACUAAAAGACACUGGACUGACUACACAGUAUGUUUUCUAAACAAGCUAGAGGAUGUCAAAACCAUUGUCCUUGUGAAUAUUUACAUGAAUGCUGCCUCUAUAUUGUUCUUGGGACCAGCUAUUAUUAUUUUCCUAGCUUACAAAUUUCUUCGACGAGAGAUGAUAAUCAUGAUUCACAUUAGUUUCUUCACGUCACUCUUCCUGGCUAGUGUGAUGCUUUUUCUCAUCAACACAAUCUUCACAUAUCAGAAUCUUACCAAUCCAAAACGAACUAGUACUACCAAAGACAACUUCGAGUGUGUUUCAUUGAAUAUACUGCAUCGUUAUUUCGACUCAGCUACAUACUUCUGGAUGUUCUGUGAAGCAUCACAUUUGCAUCAAUUGACCGUAAACUGCUUUCGACCACCUCGCCGAAUGUACAUGUAUCACUGUUUUGCUUGGGGGCUUCCAUUGAUACUUAUGAUAAUUUACAUAAUACUACGAGUCAAAAGCCUCCAUACCGAAGUAGAUGAUGACCCCAGGGUUAACUGCUGGAUACCCCGUGCUGGACAACUAGAAUGGAUUUUUAAUGUACCUCAUAUCAUUUGUUCAAUUCUGAAUGUAGUUUUCCUCUGUCAUAUCUUGCGGCAACUUUUUAAACUAGAAUCUCACCCAAACGAUCCAAGCAGCUUAAGUUUUGUAAUCUUCCCAAAACUUAUCUACCUCAAUGCAACAGAUAUACGUCUGAUAAAGAUCAUUACAUUAGUAGAAUAUUAUCAAGUACGAGAUAAAAUUUAUAUCGGACUGAUUGUCUCAGUAUUGUUUUGUUACAUGAAUGGAGAGGUUCUUCAUUAUCUUCGAAGAACUGGUUUGACCUGUCUUCCUGAAACUCGUCCAGAUACUCGCAAGAACAGCUGCCCGACAAUCAAUUCUGAGGUAUCACGAGCAUCGACGGUAAACAAGUCAUCAUCAGUUCAUUACAAGAUCAAACCGAAAGAAGCUUGCAAAGUUCUAUUAACAUCUUCAAAUAAGAAAGGACAGACCAGCACGCCAGUUUGACAAUCAAAGGAGGAGGAAACCGAUUCGGCUUGCCUCACACCUUUCAUAUAACUCAAACUUAAACUAAAGAACAUUGCUUUAAUUUCUUUUUCUCUCCAUUUCAAUUUUGUUUACAGUUAAAACAUAACUGUUGAAAUAUCCUUCUAUGUACAUUUCUUUUUCUUUUGUUUUAUUUUUUCCUUUUUUUCUAGAGACGUAUGGUUUUUUUUAUGAUUUAUUAGCGCAGGAAACAAGUAACUUGUACCACUGUUUAAAUGAAUUAUGACUGGUAUAUAAACAGAUCAAUGGGAAAAUGUCACAAUCGAUACAGUCAGUGUCGCAUAUGUGACUUGCAUAAUGUAUUUUGAAAAAAAAAAAUAACUGUGUAAGCUAAAUCGUUUUAUCUUGAAGUGGAGAGAAAGAAGAUACAGAAUUAAUUCGUUGUUGUUUAAUUAUAUUUUGAAAACUUUGUCUGAAGUAAAAAAUAAGGCAAAAGAAAAUGCAGAAUAUUUUUAAAGUUACAAACACUAAAAUAACGAGUGGCAUUUGAUAGAAUACAACAACUGUAGUCAUCGGGUCGCGACAUUGGCGCCAAAUAAGGUUUCCCACCUUGGUGGAUUUGUAACUGCUGCAAAAAUAUGUUGAAAGUUUUUCCGUUUUUUUUUUUUUUUCUUUCCAAUAUCACACAUACUGUGUGUGAUACAUAUUUCUGACAAAAGAGUAAUCUCUUUUUGUUGUUUUUAUAUGUUGGGAAAACUAUACAUUCCCUGCAAGAAAUCAUGAUACAAUCAAAUCAGCAAAAAUCAUCUAUUUUAAAAAAUUAACGGUUUUGUCAUUCAUCCUCACACGUUCAUAUUUACAGAACCAAAUAUAAAUUGAAUAUGAGCUCUAAUUUCAAACUGUCUUGGAAAAUUUUGCUUAACUUUUUAUUAAAAAUAACCAUAUCUGCAUCUUGCAAGCGAAAACUGCUUUAGGUGUGUAUGUACGUACAUAUGUAUAUAUACAAGGAGAAAGAAAGAGAGUGCGUGUGUGUAUGAGAGGGAGAAGGAGAGAGAGAGGGAGAAGAGAAUGGAUUGUUUUCUUAUUUUGUACUGAUAUUGUGCGUUGUAAGCCAGACUCGCUAACUUCGAAACGAUAAUUCUCAAGACUUUUUUGUCUUACAUAUCUUGGGCUGAAGUAAGAUAAAUUGUAAGUUUUACUUCUCCAUUUUAAUAUGGUUUACGUGUUCUGAACUUACAUUAUAGAAAUGUUCGAGCGAAAAUUUCAUCGAAGAGAUUAUUAGUGUUGUUGUUGUUGUUGUUGUUGUGAUGGUUGUUGUUGAUUCUGAUAAUGCUGAAAACAGUUUUUUUUUAAUGAAAUAUUCACUGUUGAAAUAUUGAACGGUCUCCACAUUUAGUUAUUAUCGAACGGAAUGUUUAUUUUUGUAUAAUGUUGUGUUUUGUAAUAAUAUAGAUCUUCAGUGUAGGUUAAUAUAGUCAUGUGAUUUUGUUGUUGUCGUCCUCAUUAAUAACGUUCAAUCAACUCUAUUCAAUCAAUAACCAGUUAUCAACUGGUUAUUGCUGCUAUUGUUGUUGUUGUUUAACCCCAGAUCAACUCAUUUCGGAAAAAAAUCAAUGCUCGAAGGCAUUGCAACCGUAAAAAUCCCAUUUAACACCCUCUCCUUAAAUAUGGUGGAAUGUGCUGUAAGAGAAAUCUUGUUAUUAAUUCUUGCAAGUCGAGCGACUACAUAGACUUUAUUUCGUUGGCUCAGUAGCUGUGAAGCUUCUAUUUUGAGGAUUACGUGUUCACUAUUUAGACAUCUGUGUGGUCGGUAAGAAAUAUUCUAUCGUUCAAUGUUCUAUUUUUCGGUCAUAUUCUCGUAUAAUUGACUUAGUUACCUAUCUGACUGUUUUAGCAAUUUCACAUACACUUCCAAGUUUUUGCCCGAGUAGUCUAAAGCUACGAGCUGUUAUAUAGUGGAUUAUAAUGUGUGUACAUAGUGAAAUUUUGUAAAAGUGUACAAAUAUACUGUGGUAUAUUGUAUCAUAGCUAGCGCUAUUUCCAGUAUAUUUACCACUGAAAAUCUUACUUCAGUAUGCUAAUAUUUUUACAUUCAUUGGUUGGUUUGUUUCCUUCACAUCUCUUUCCUUCAAAUUUUAAUCCUUCUAACUUACAGUACACAAAGAGGGAAGCAAUGCCAGCGGCUGAUGUAAAGUUUAAUACAUUUGGUACAAAUGUUUACUUCAAGUUACUUGCAACUAUUAAUCGAUAAUAUUGAGGUCAAGCAACUUGCACUUGGGGCAAGAACUCUAUUUAGUUACAAAUGAUAUCAGUAUUUACUUCAGGAUUAAUUUUAAAUUCUAUACAUUGAUUAGAGGAAAAUAUCUUUAGACGUAAAUAGUUUUUCGAAAUAAUUAGAGUUUUAUCAUCCCUAUAUAUGUAUGGGAAGCUAAAAUUGUUUGAGAUAUUUUGUUACGAAUCUUUACGUUGUGAGUUCAAAUACCUCCAUGGUUGUCUUCAAAUUUCUUCCUGUCACGGUCGAUAAAUAAAGUAGCAGUAAAGAACUACGUUCGAUAAACUGAUUGUUCUCUCGCCAAAAAUAAGUGGCUCUGUUUUUGUGAAAGAAAUUAUUAUUAUGACCUGCUCUCCAAUACGUGAAAUUCAGUUACUAUUAGAAGUCGUCUUGAGUUAUAUCCAGAGUUCAAAUCAUGGAGUGGCUCCCGUUAUUUUCAUCCUACUAGGGUCGAUAAAAUAAUGGUAAAAUAGUUGAAAUUCUCACCCAUUCUUUCUAGUUUUAGUCAUAGUUUUAAACAUUUCAAACUCAAAUAUCAAUUCUCUACACUUACGUUCUGCCAAAUUCUAUCAUUAUGUAUAAAGGAGAACUUUCUCUUUGAAUACUCCGAUAUGAUUUCAUAUUUGUUAUGGGUAACUCGGUAUGUUGAACAUAUACAUGCAACUUAUUUGGUCUGCAGCUGAGAGAGUUAAAUCACAUAACUGUGACGACAAAACAGUAUCAAGAAAUGAAACAUAAGAAAUCCAGUAUCAUGAAUUUCUUUUAUUCUGGUUGUGCACAAUGAGAAACCGUCUCAUAAAGAGCAUCUAAGCUUUUCAUAAAUUUCUGUUGGAAUAUUAAGAAGAUAUUUAGGGCGUGCGAUGUGAUCCAUUUCAAGCAACUUAAUUUUAUUUACCAUGUUUAUAUGUCCAUUAUAAAUUUCAUUUCCCUGUUCUGUUAACAACAGGCUACGGAGUAUAAGUAAAAGAAAAUAUAUAUAAACGCCGUGACGAUUCGCUUUUUUUUCUAUUCUUUCAAAAGACAAACAUUUCCCAGUCUUAAAUGUGAGCAUCGAUAUAGAAAUAUAGAGUAGGCGUGAUGUAUUGCACUUUUAGUUUACGAGAAACUUUAUUUUGAUAUCCUGUCAGAAGGUAAUCGAUAAUGUAAUUCUAUACACUGCCUUUAUAUUAGAAAAUCCAAAAUAUCACACUCCUAAUACUUAAUCGUGAUAUAUCAUCGUUUCACACAAUGAUAUUAGCGGCCUCAUCAUGACGACUAUUUUGUAAUAAACAUGGAGAGAAGAAUUAAAAAGAAAAUGAAGCGGUAUGCAGUGUGAAUGAUUUGGAAAUAAAUGAAAAGAAAGUGACGUAUGAAAGAAUAUUCUUUUUGUUCGAGAAACAGAAAAAUGUUUUGAAAUAUUGAAGAUAUUUAAUAGAAUGUUUGCUGUAUAUUAACAAAUGAGCGCAAAUGUAAUUCAUUCUUCGUCCUAUUUUAUUCACUUUAUAAAUUCUUUCAUUUUUCUGUGAAUUCCGUUUAUCGAUAGGUAUAUAGGCUUGUUUAAUUUUAGUAGUUAUUUCAAAAUAAGAUAACAUGCAGACACAUUUAGAAAUAUAUUUCCUUUACCAUAUUUAGUCGAGAUAGCAAGUUUCUAUACACACAGACACAGACAUUUAUAUUCGAUCAUACAUAAAGUCUGUGUGGGUGUACAUGUGUGUAUAUACAUUUAUAAAACAGAUAUGUUUAACACACACACACACAUACACACACAAACACACACACACACACACACAAACACACACACACACACACACACACGCACACACACACACACAUAUAUAUAUAUAUAUAUGGGAAGUGUAAUUACAAUCUUAAGCUUAUAAGCUUUCACUAAAUAUUGACUAUAGAAAGUAGUCAAACAUUGGGGCAUAUAAACUCACAACGGAAGAAGGUUGGCAUUGAAAAUAAAAGGUGAGGUUUCAUUUCCCAUCAACACUAAUGCCCAUAAUUUUUCCGUCGAGGGUUUAUAUGCCCCAAUAUUAGACUAUUUUCUGAAG